CAGCCCAUAGCAAUAUAUCUAUAUCUAUAUCUGUCUUUUACAUUUCAAGAUAGUCUUGCUAAGUUAGUUGCUAUAUGGCACAGGCUGGAAUAGAAAUUGUGAUUCUCCUGCUUCAGCCUUCCAGAGUGCUGGGAUCACAGGCAUAUGCCACCAAGCCUAGCCAGUUAGAAUUUUAAAAGUAUCCCCCCCCGCAAAAAAAAAGUAUCCCACCUUUUGCUGAGUGGAGAACAGGAGUGUGAAGGGAGGCUCUUUCUGUAGUCCAGGUGGGCAAUGAUAACUCCUGAAUCAAAUGGAGUAGUGGUGGGGGAAAAUAGUUGGAUUGUGGAUAGAUCUGCUUAUGUGUGAGGUGUGUGGUGUGACCGAGUGUUGUGAGUAAAGAACUGUCCCAAGAUUUUCAGCCUGGGUGCCUGGAAGAAUGGAAUUGCUAUGGACAGAACAAGAAUUGGAAGAGAAAGGUGAUUUCUUUCAGGGCAAAGAUCAGGAGUCUGUGAUGUCCUAGAGUGGAGGUGUCAGAGGAUACGAACCUUUGGUGUCAAUUGAGAGUUCCAGUGUUCUAGGCCAAGCAGGGUCUGGGAAUUGGACUGAAGAGAAGAUGACCCCAUGGACUGGACCGAGGGUAGUCAGAACUGAGAGGCAACAAGAGCGAGAAUGGCCAGGACUCCCAGGGCUGUCGGUGGAGGACCUGUCAGGGCCUGAUGGCCUUCGAGGAUGUGGCCGUGUACUUCUCCCGGGAGGAAUGGGUGCUCCUGGAUACGGGCCAGAGGGCCCUAUACCGCCACGUGAUGCUGGAGAACUUCGCACUUGUGGCCUCACUGGGAUUUUUCUCCUCCCCACCUCGUGUGAUCAUCCAGCUGCAGCGUGGUGAGGAACCUUGGGUUCCCAGUGGGAAGGACUCCAUCCUGGGCAGGAAUGCUUACAGGACGCUGGGCCUGGGUUCCCAUUGUGUUGCUGAGCACAGAAGCACUUCCAGAGAAGCCACAAUGCCAGGGGCCUUCUCUGGCACCUGCCCUGGCCCUCUUGCUAGUGUCCCGCCAGACACCACACCAUCCCGAGAGAGGAAACCCACGGGAGUUUCAGUGAUCUAUUGGGAAAGGCUCCUGCUGGGUUCGGGGCUGCGGCUGAGCUCCCCACAGAGGGGUGUCGGGCCCAGGGACAAGGACCCAGAGGAUCGGUCAUCGGUGCCUCCAUCUUCCCUCGACCGACACCCAGGGGAUCAUGGUGCACCCUGGGGGUUAGGGUUAGGGGAGGAGCUGGGGGAGCCAGGGCCCCUCCCAGGGGAGAAGCCCUUCGAGUGCACGGCCUGCAGCAAGGUGUUUGUGAAGAGCUCCGACCUACUGAAGCACCUGCGCACACACACUGGUGAACGGCCCUACGCGUGCGUGCAGUGUGGCAAGGCCUUCAGCCAGACCUCACACCUGACGCAGCACCUUCGCAUACACAGCGGCGAGACACCUUACGCCUGCCCAGCCUGUGGCAAGGCCUUCCGCCACAGCUCCUCGCUCGUGCGCCACCAGAGAAUCCACACGGCCGAGAAGGCCUUCCGCUGUGGUGACUGUGGCAAGGCCUUCAGCCACGGUUCAAACCUCAGCCAGCAUCGCAAGAUCCAUGCGGGAGGUCGGCCCUACGCAUGUGCUCGCUGCGGCCGCCGUUUCUGCCGCAACUCGCACCUGAUUCAGCAUGAGCGCACGCACACGGGUGAGAAGCCCUUCGCCUGCGCGCUCUGCGGCGCUGCCUUCAGCCAGGGCUCCUCGCUCUUCAAACACCAGCGUGUGCAUACAGGUGAGAAGCCCUUCGCCUGUGCUCAGUGCGGCCGCGCCUUUAGCCACAGCUCCAACCUCACACAGCACCGGCUGCUGCAUACGGGUGAGCGGCCCUUCCGCUGUGCAGACUGUGGCAAGGCCUUCGCCAAGGGUGCUGUGCUGCUCAGCCACCGUCGCAUCCACACAGGUGAGAAGCCCUUCGCCUGCACGCAGUGCGGCCGUGCCUUCCGUGAGCGCCCCGCGCUCUUCCACCACCAGCGGAUCCACACAGGUGAGAAGGCCUUGCGGCGGCCAAGGGCCAGGCCUCCCCCAGUGGAGGAAGUGGCAGGAAAGGAGGUCAGGGCUCCAGCCGGCUCUGGCCCCACCCAGGCCUGAGUCCUUUGCACAUGGCGACAGGGUUGGCCACAGCCUAUGCUUCUGCCCUCGGAAAAGUCGUGAUGCAGAGACGUCGGGCGUUUAACCAGAGGCUGGGCUUGCCCUGAACCUGGACAGCCCCAGGAAGCCAGCAGAGACAGCCCAGCUUACAGGCUCUUUUUGAGUGCUUCACAGGGACAAGAGGCCUGGACAGGCCUGUCUGCACAUGCACUAGCAGCUUUCCCCAGGCCUCUGCCAUGUGGGGAUUUCUUUGGGCCUGCCCAGACCUCUGAAGGCUUUGGAAAUGGAGGUUUGAGGGCUGGCCUGGGCAGGUGACUGGGCUGAGCCUCAGCUUCUUCCUCUGAGGGGAAGAAAUAAGUCUGGGCCCACCCUGACUAGCAGGAUCCUGAUAGGGUCCCACAUGUUCACCAACAGUCCCUCUAGAUACUGGAAAUUUUCUCCUGUGAGCCCUGUGCUGGUGUCUAUCGCCACUUAAAAAAUGAGGAAGUAGAGGCGCAGAGAGGGGAAGUGAGUUUCUCAGGGCACAUAGCAGAAAUAUACUAAUACUCAGGCACAGCAGGCUCUGAGAAAAUAUGGCCUCAGCAGUGGAAAGACAGAUGAAGGAUACUGUCCCUGGCUAUACCAAGCCCUGUCACCAGCUCUGGACACCGAAGUCAGUGUUUGAGGGACUUUUAUAUCUAAGACUAUGGUAAUAACU